AUGAGAAGGAGAUUAGACAGGCUUACCAGCGACAAGUCAGACGUCGCGGCCGCCGGGGUGUCGGUGGGGUCGGAGUGCGCGGCGCGGCAGCUGGCGGACGGCGUGGUGUGCGUCUGCAACGCCACCUUCUGCGACGAGCCGGGCGUGCCGCAGCCGCCGCCAGCCGGCAGCCUGCUGCACGUGCUCACCUCCAAGGCGGGCGCCCGCUUCCAGGAGCAGGUCGUCCCCUUCCAGGAGGCUGGCCAGGCCGGUGACACGGAGGCGGUCCUGUCGGUGAACCGCUCGGUGCGGUACCAGGAGGUGCACGGCUUCGGCGGCGCCAUGACCGACGCGGCGGGCCUCAACAUGGCGUCGCUCAGCGACGCUGCGCGGGAGAACCUGCUCAGGGCGUACUUCGCGCCGGAGGGCCUGCACUACAAUAUGGCGCGCGUGCCCGCAGCGGGCACCGACUUCUCGACGCGCACCUACUCCUACGACGACGUGGAGAACGACACCAGCCUGCAGCACUUCAGCCUCGCCGACGAGGACCUGCUCUACAAGAUUCCAUACCUGCAGCACGCGCAGGACCUCAGAGGGGAGGAGCUGCUGCUGGUGUCGGCCCCCUGGAGCGCGCCCACCUGGAUGAAGACCAAUGGCAAGUUCAACGGCGAGGGCAAGCUGAUCAGAGAGUACUGGCAGCUGUGGGCCGACUACCUGCUCAGGUUCGUGGAGGAGUACGCCUCGGUGGGGCUCCCCAUCUGGGUGCUAUCGGCGCAGAACGAGCCGACGGACGGCAACUCUGACUUCUGGUUCAACUGCAUGGGCUGGUCGGCGACGGAACAGCGAGACUGGGUGGCGCAGCACCUGGGGCCCACGCUGCAGGCCGCCGCCGUGCAGCCGCCGCCCGACGUCCUCGUCAUCGACGACCAGCGCUCCAUGCUCGACCGCUGGCCGCAGCAGAUCCUCACCAACGAGACGGUGACGCAGUACGCCAAGUUCGUGGGCGUCCACUGGUACACCGACCAGUUCUCGCCGGCCUCCAUGCUGGACGAUGUGCACCAGCUGUCUCCCGGGACCCAGAUCCUCUACACCGAGGCCUGCAAUGGACUGAGGGACAUGGGUGAAGUCGCUGUUCUCCUCGGUUCGUGGGAAAGAGGGGAGAAGUACGCCACGAGUAUUAUAGAGGUGCUAAAUCACUGGUCGACGGGCUGGCUGGACUGGAACCUGGCGCUGAACACGUCGGGCGGGCCCAACUGGGUGAACAACAACGUGGACUCGCCCGUGAUCGUGAACGCGACUGCGGACGAGUUCUACAAGCAGCCCAUGUUCUACGUGCUGGGCCACUUCUCGCGCUUCGUGACGCGCGGCUCGGUGCGGCUGCAGCUGGACGCACAACUGCCGGCCGCCGCCUCGCUGGACAGCGUCGCCCUGGAGACGCCGCAGGGCCGCACCGUACUCGUCCUCUCCAACAAGGCGACUGAGGAGGUGUCGGUGCGCGUGCGGGACCCAGCACUGGGGGAGGCUCUGCUGACGCUGCCGGCCAACUCCGUGAGCACCCUCCUCUACACGAGCAGCUGACGCAGACCACAUGGAUUCGAAAUAGCGACGGAGCAACUUGGUCCUCGUGAACUGUGAAAGGAAGAGAGAGAGAAAUAUAAAAGAGCUGAAUUAUUUCCUUUUGUGUUUAAUUCACAAGUUUUG